AUGGUUCUUGUCCGCAAAGGAUCUUCGACGAAGCGGAAGUCAGCUGCCGGUUCCGUAGCGUCUUCCACGUUAUCGGCCGAUGCUAACGCGCGCCAGGUGACGCGAGCUGAGUUCAUGGAGCUCGCUGCGGCGGUGACCCAGCUGAAGAAGGACUCGUUGAGGCACCAAGCCGUCGGGAGCCAACUGGCAAGCGAUCUGGAGUUCGCAAGCGCCCAAGUUGCAGCCAACAAGACGGCCAUGGGCACUUUGGCGGAGCUGGUAAUCGAGAAAACGUCAGGGAUCGAGCAGCAGGGAGCUACACAGUUGCAGGAGAUGCAGGUCGAGUCGGAGCAGCGACUCACGGACGUGAAGCUGGCAUUGGAGCGCCUCGAAUUCCGUCUUCGUCACCAAGCGCGCGAUUGCCAGGCGCUGACGGAGCAGGUUGAGCGGCAUCAAGAGCUGCUGCAGGGUAUGCGCACACAGUUAGGGCAAACACAAUUGCUCGUGGAGAAGCAGCAGGACCAGGCGAAGACAUUUAUGGAGACGGUGGAAUACACAGUCUCGACCUCGAAGGCGAAAGCGGCAAACACCGCCGCCGAGAGUGCACAAAAGCUCGAGGCCUUUCAGCAGCGCAUGGUUAGCUACGCCAAGAAGCUCGACGGAGACACGCAAGAGCCCUUGAAGGAGCUUUCUCGACAGCUUCGUGACGCGGAAAUCCGAGGGAAGCGGCAAACUACACUCUUCCAGCAGGCGCUGGACGAUCUCGUUGAGAUGCGGCAAGCACUCCACGAGUUGGAAAGCCUGAAGGCCUUGGUCGAGCGCGAGCAGGAGUUCCGCGAACACACACGAAAAGAGGACGCCCAACGAUUGCAGUCCGUGGAGCGCAAGAUAAGCAAGGUGAUCUCGCUCGUCGAGAAAGGUGCGGAGAAGGCGGAGGUCCAGCGACUCGUGUCGCGUCUGGAGAGCAGCGUCAAGUCGCGCGUGGAGGCAGUGCUCGAGUUCAACACGCCGACAGCGCUCGACGACGUGUCUGCUUGGAGCGGGGCCGUGUUGAUGCAGCGAGCGGAUCGUCACCACCUCGAUCGGACACUUCCAGACGAGGCGUCGAUGGCAACGUCGAAACGACCGCUGCUGGCUUUAACGUGCGACGAGGCGGCGGAGCCCCUCGCUCGAUGCGACGGCGCGAACGAGGCGGACCAAGCGAGCCAGCGAGUUGCCUCGAUGUUUGAGGUCUUCAUUCCACAGGAACAGAGGCGCGACUUCAAGCCCGAAUCUUGGAUCCCUGGUUUGGGACAACUCGGCCGGACAGACGAAUGCUUGGAGCGCGAGGCGCCACGUUGCGCCGUGAAGUACGGAGGCCGCCACAUUGUCAACUACAUCGAUAGCCUUCUCAGCACGUGGCACUAG